UUCCUGCUGAGGAAGAGAAGUGGGGCGGGGCGGGGGGUGCAGAGGAGACUUUCCGUAGCGGCGCUUUGCCGCGCGCGGCUCGAAGUCGUGCUCGGUCCGGUCCGAGUCCUCGGGGCAGACCUGGGGCAGGCACUGUGUGCUUUUGUGACAGAGACCCGCCAGAAGCCGGGCCAGUUGUCCCUCUCGGUUUUUCUUGUGGAGGCUUUGCAGGUGGGGGCCUUUGAACCUACCCGUGGAGCGUUGAGCAGGGGGGUGGUAUCAGUACCGUUGUUUGUGGAGCCCGCCUGAGGACCCGGGCUCGCAGCGACGGUGGUGGGGAAAGUCGCUUGUCGGACACCGGGCAGGAGUCUGGAUGGCGAGGGCCAGAGGGCGCUGAGGUAACAAGAGAGUGACGCACAGGGGUUGCGUGGAUGCGGAUGGCAGCCCCUGGGGGUGGCAGGGGUGGGAAUGGUGACUAUUCAGUGACAUUUCAGGCUCCCUGAAAGGAGAGGGAGGCUGAGGCAGAGUGGCCAACGGCCAGCAGGGAUCCACGGUUGUUGGACCCGGGCCCUCAUGGGGAAUAGCCAAGGAUGCAGGUGCAAACUGUGGCCACCCUAAUGCACGUGGGGUUUAAGGACCGGUCUGAGUCAGAGAGGCGGUUCUGGUCCCCCGGAGCCAGAAGCGUCCUUCCCGAGAAGAGGACGCUGGGCACCCACAGGUCCGUCCUAGGAGCGGGGGUGGGGGCCGCCCCAGCACAGACGCACCUGCCAUCUGUCACGAUGAGCCGAUCCCCCAUCGUCUUCCAUGUCUGCCUGUUUUCCCCUGGAGUCAGCUGGGAGCCAGCCGCCCCUCGGCUCAUCGACCACGUGCGGGCCGCGUGUGAGCGAGCUCACAGAGGCUGGAAACCUGGCAGGCGUCCAGCACAUCAUCCUCGUGCUCUCAGGAAAGGGGGGGGUCGGGAAAAGCACCAUCUCCACGGAGCUGGCCUUGGCCCUGCGCCAUGCAGGCAAGAAGGUGGGGAUCCUCGACGUGGACCUGUGUGGUCCCAGCAUCCCCCGCAUGCUUCGGGCACAGGGCAGGGCUGUGCACCAGUGUGACGGCGGCUGGGUGCCCGUCUAUGUGGACCAGGAGCAGAGCAUCUGCCUCAUGUCCGUGGGCUUUCUGCUGGAGAACCCCGACGAGGCCGUGGUGUGGAGGGGGCCCAAGAAGAAUGCGCUGAUAAAGCAGUUCGUGUCGGACGUGGCCUGGGGGCAGCUGGACUACCUGGUUGUAGACACGCCACCGGGGACGUCUGAUGAGCACAUGGCCACCGUGGACGCCCUGCGUCCCUACGGUCCCCUGGGGGCCCUCGUGGUCACCACACCCCAGGCGGUGUCCGUGGGGGACGUGAGGCGGGAGCUGACCUUCUGUAGGAAAACGGGGCUGCGGGUGCUCGGGGUGGUGGAGAACAUGAGCGGUUUCGUCUGCCCACACUGCGCGGAGUGCACCAGCAUCUUCUCCCGGGGAGGCGGGGAGGAGCUGGCCAGUCACGCCGGAGUCCCCUUCCUGGGCUCUGUGCCCCUGGACCCGGAGCUCACUAAGAGCCUAGAGGAGGGUCGAGACUUCAUCCGGGAAUUUCCUGAGAGCCCAGCCUUCCCUGCGCUCCUGUCCAUAGCCCAGAAAGUUCUGAUCGAGGCGCCUGCUCGCGUCCCCUGAUCGAACCCCCCCCCCUCGGCCCAGCCCCCCCCCCCCCCCCGCAACGGGCCUCCUGGCCAAGUAUAUACAGACCCAAGCAGAAGGGUGUGGGGCCAGCAUUCCCUCCCUCGGCCCUGCCCCUGGAACCAGUCUGGUGCUGCCGUGGCAUCAGGACAGCAGAGCGGCUGACAGUGAGUGGUUCCCCCAAGUUGGCCCGUGGCAGGGCCCAGGGGGAUGUGUGGGGUCCCGGUGGCCUGAGCUCUCCCUGGCUGGGACGUUCCCACUUGGUCUCACGGUGCUCAAACGGCAGCCGUCUCCCCCUGGGCCCCAAAGCCCACGUGCCUGGAAAAUCGUUGGGGCCUUUGCUGUCCUCGGGACUCCUGUGACAGAAGGGGGGUGGUGACAGAAGAGAGCGUGUCGUGAGGUGUUAAGCUUGUCACUUCAAAGGAACCCACAAUUAAAUGUUUCCCCUCCACCCCUCACCGCGGUGACAGGUCUGAUGCUUCCAGACUCUCCUGUCCCGGUCCCGGCUCUGUGUUUGCAUGUUGCGCACGUCUCAGCAGGCACCCCAGCCCCGAGCCCUCUGGAUACAUUUGGGUCAAGUGUGGUGGCAGCACGUGGAGGGCUUGGUGAUGGCGGAGAGGCAUGUGCGUUGGGGGAGGCUUAGCCGCUCCCGCCUCCUCCCGCCCCAGGGCCCAGGGCAGAGCUGAGAGCAGGAGAGAGGAGCGAGGUGGAGGGCAACCUCCGGUCCCACUUCCUGAGGGACAGGGGCGGGCGCGCCACGGACAGAUGCUUCCGGGUGUGGAAAGAACGGCAAAGGGGGCACUGCCGAGAGCUUUGGCCAGGAGCUGGGGGCACAGACCGGUGUCCCAGCUGGCAACAGAGGCUGCCCCGGCUGAACCUCGGCUUCCCAGGACCAGGGCCUCCAGGGACACUGCACGAAGAGGACAGCUGAGGUUCCGGGGCCCCGGAGUGGGUGCUGCCGCCCCUCAGGUGUGGGCGGGCGUCCUAGGAGGGGUGUGGUGGUGGGGG